AAGAUAGGAGGAGGGAUAUGGUGCUAUCAUCAUGGCGGGAUGCAUGAAAAUGAUAAACGGUUUCUUUUCUACAAAUGCUAAAUUCAUAUUCUUCAUGGUGCUGCUUACAGCUUUACCUCAAACCUCACACCAAGAUACGGGAAACAAACAUUCAAUAAUUGAUCUCCGGGAUGGACAGGAGUAUGCCAUGUCAGGGUCCAGCAGGUUCUGUUACAAGAACUCUGUUGUGCCAACAUGGAGGCAAACAUGGACAAGAAUUCAGGUCAAAGUGUGGAGUUCAAACGUGUUUAAUGUGGAAACUGUGGAAGGUGAGGAGGAGCUGCAGGAGCUGGAGCGCUUCAGUGUCUGGGGCUGGUUCCAGAGCUUUUUACGUGAGCGGCACAAUGAAACCACAAUUAAUAUCGGUCUGUUCAGCAAAAAGACGUGCUUCAAGAUCGAGCCUGCUGAUCAAACUCAGUACACUGUCAAGCCCAUGCGUAAGUUUGAUAUCUAUUUGUUUUUGGUAUUCCUUGCUGGAGUGUUGUUGUUCAUCUGUGCAGACUCACUCAGCAGGAGUCAAGUCUUCUUCUACUCUGCUGGGAUGAGCACAGGCAUGAUCGCCUCUCUCAUCAUCCUCUUUUUCAUUUUGGCACGCUUUUUGCCAAAGAAAAGCCCUUUUUAUGUGCUGAUUGUUGGCGGUUGGUCAUUUUCUCUUUACGCCAUCCAGCUUGUCUGCAGGAACCUCAACAAAAUUCUGCAAGAACACUGGCACGUGGCAUUAGGUUAUGUAGCAGUGGUGGGAUUCAUCAGUUUUGCUGUGUGUUACCGUUACGGUCCUCUGGUGGAUGAGAAGAGCAUUAACAUCUUGUCGUGGACGCUGCAGCUAUUUGGCCUGCUCUUGGUUUAUUUAGGAAUUCAGAUUCAGCAAGUUGCCUUCGCCAUCAUCGUGGCAGCUUUGUUCUCCAAAACUCUGGAGUAUCCAGUCUCUCUGGCAGUUGUUGCAUGGAGGAAAAUAAAACGGUAUGUUCACUGGAAGCCAGAGCCACGGCGCUUGUUGACUGAGGAGGAGUAUAUAAAGCAGGGGGAGGAAGAGACUCGGCAUGCACUUGAGGAGCUGAGGAAGUACUGUAACAGCCCAGAGUUCAGCCCGUGGAAGGCAGUGUCCAGACUUCAGUCCCCGAAAAGAUUUGCUGAUUUCAUCGAAGGGUCACCUCACUUGAUGUCAAAUGAGGUGUCUGUCCACGCACAGGAAUAUGGCUUUGGAGGAUCUUUUUUUGAGGAUGAAUUUUUUGACACAGACGACGAAGACGACGAUAUUAAACCUAUGAUGAAACCAGAGUGAGACGGCACAGCGUUGGGGACGUAUGAAAAUAGAAACCGUUAUUGCCUUUCAGAAAGGUGGCCGGAGCUCUCCACGGCUCCUGUGCUUAACGUCCAGGCUGACUUUGGGUGUUUAAGAAAAGCCUGGAUUGUAAUUUCAGUUACAAUGACAAUCACAGGCAGAAUAGUGUGUUCAGAUCUGUUAUCAGAAUACAUAAUUGGUAGUGUAAUUUGAAUUUGCACUAAAGCCAGAUCUCUUUUUUUAGGGGGAACAAAGGCUUCUGUUAAAAUACAGUGAAUCUCCGUGAUUGACACUGGUUAGUGGUCUAAGCAAUUUAACUUUUACUCUGGGAACAUAGUCUGUGUUGUCUUAAGUCUUAGCUUAGCAAAGGUUUUACGUUUUCAUUUUCAAAACAUAGUGUUCACAGCCUUUAGGCUCUAAAUGGGCUCACUGCAAUGAGAGCAUCAAGAUGUACAGUACAUCAUAUGAUGAGUUCUCGCCUUUCUACAUAGCAGCAGCGUUUUUUCUCGCUUUGUGCAUCGGGGAGGAAACGUUGGUCAAGUUUGUAUUUUACUGUUUUCAUGUUAAUGGACAUUAACCUGUGGAAGUGUCCCAAAGUAUUUUGAAUAAAAAAAAAAUGUAUUUGAGCUCUGACAUGCAUGCAGUAGUAUCAGUGUAUAAGAUGAAUAGCACUAAAAGGUUGAAAGAUGUUAGAUUUCCACAUGGCCUUGGGUAAUCUGAAUUGCAUUUGAAGCCAAAAAGAUGUUUUGUUUUUCACACUGGGUGCUUUAGCCCUUACCAAAAUAGGAUUUCUUCAGUGGCAGAAUGGAACAAAGUACAAAUUUGAGCAACUUGUACUCGAGUACAUCAACGUUAUGCAACUUUCUACAUCCACUACAUUUCACAGGGAAAUAACUUUUUACUACGUUUAUCUGACAGCUACUAGUUACAUUCCAGAUCAAGGCUUUACAUACAAAAUAUAUGAUCAGUUCAUAAAAUAUGAUGCAUUGUUAUAGAUUACUUUUUGUUAAAAAUAGCUGUAAUUGACCAGCUACAACAUAAAAUGCUACAGUCAUGUAUCUACUGUGUAAUAAUCACAAAUAUCACACUGACAAUACUUUUGUACUUUUCAGUGGACUUAAUUUUACCUGAACGUACUGCUACCUUUUACCUAAGUAAAAAUUCUUCUUCCACCACAAGA